AUGCCCCACCGUCCCCACUCACUACCGAAGUCCGUAGCGUCUCAAAAGUGGUGCAACUCAAGCUCGCGACUCACGAGUCAGGAACCCGCUCCUGGAGUGUCACUAUUGCCUCCGUUGACUCGAAGAGGUUAUGGUCCAGGGUUCAUCAUAAUGCUUCCAAACUGGACACCGUCAUACAAAGAAAGCGGAACACUAUGCGAAGAUGGAGUCCCUCCACCACUUUUGAAAUGGUCGGAAGAAGGCUUUGCGGUUGCCGGUACAACAGAGGCGCUGUUAAAUUUGGCGAUCUCGGGGUUGAAGAAUUGCCCUGAGUGCCAUGAAGAAGACGGAAUCGGCUUGGUCCUUUGGAAUCGACUCAUUGCAAAGGUAAUUUUGCCGCUGUCAAUACUGACAGCUGUGUGCUACGGGUGUGCUUCAGAUCCCCCUCUCCAGAAUGCAUCUAUUCCAAACUUACAGCACCUCACUGGAGAAGCCGAUUCAAGGAUUGCCAAGAAAGGUGGUCUUACGAAAUGCAAUUACCCCUCAAUGAAGCCGCGAUUUGCAGUGCCUAGUCUCGACAACUUCGACUAUGCUACCGAAGCAAUAUCACAUCCUCGAAACUUGACGUUUCUUAAGAGAUAUAUCAGAGGGGCAGACUUUGAUCUGGGAGCCAUCUGGGAAGAGCAUUGCUAUUUUGAAUUCGAGGAUCGUUCUGUUGCAAAAAAGAUGGGGACAUCGGUGCAAGAGCUGUAUGUGAAUCAUAUUCUGACUAUGACCAGCGGCGUUGGAAGAAAGCUGCUUACCUCCUUCUACCGGGACCAUUUUAUCUUCACCAACCCGCCAGAUGUAAAACACGAGCUCGCUAGUAGCACAAUAGGAGUCGACCGAGUCUGUGACGCAUUUAUCAUGAAUUCCACACACACUUGCGAGGAUCAAGCGACUGUCUUGAUCCAACUUGGGCCGUUGCCAGAGUAUCUGCCCUCUCCUCAUCAUCUGCUGCCGGACGGUAGGCAACCGGGCCCAGGAAACAGGUCCGAAUUCAGAGUCCCAGCGACAGGCGUUGAAACCGUUGCGAAGAUGCUCGGCAAGAAUGUGGUGAAAUCCAAUGGGAUGCUGGAAUACAAGGUUGGGAAGUCAGCAGCAUCGUACGAUAAAUCUCGUUUGAGGUCUGGUGCGGCCUCCCGGCCGUAG